UAAACUCCUGGUACUCUAGCACUGAUCUGCUUUGGAGAACCUGAUUCUGAGACUCCAGCAGGAUGUCUUAUCAACAGCAGCAGUACAAGCAGCCCUGCCAGCCACCUCCUGUGUGCCCCACGCCAAAGCGCCCAGAGCCAUGUCCACCCCCGAAGUGCCGUGAGCCCUGCCCACCACCAAAGUGUCCACAGCCCUGCCCACCUCAGCAGUGCCAGCAGAAAUAUCCUCCGGUGACACCUUCCCCACCCUGCCAGCCAAAGUGUCCACCCAAGAGCAAGUAACAGCUUCAGGAUUCAUCAGGACCAUGAAAGGAUAAAGAUAAUGGGCUCACCUUGUUCCACAGCUCCACCUGCAUCUUCUCACCAAAGCCUUCUAUGGAUGCACAGGGAGCUUCUUUCUCCUUAGCCAGUGACCUGCCCGUGAUGAUCCAUGACAGCAAAAGGUUUCCUUUCUGAGGCUGCCAUACUGCCACUGUCCAGGUGGAGCUGAGAAAAGGAAGUCCUGGGCUGUGCCGGCUUCCAGAGCUUCAGAAGAAAGAGCUGCAGCUCUCUCCCUGGGAACCAUCAGAGAAUUCUGUUGAUGUUUUCUGUGUCUGUCUGUCCCCUGGGCAUGAGCUUCUACCACCUGUGCAGUUGUCACUUUCCUUUCACUCCCUGAAUAAAGUAUCUAUGCAUAAUAUUUGU